GGCGGCACCUCUGGCGGCAUCAUGCACAUGGUUCCUGCCGCUGCUGGGCUCGCCGAGUUCGAGCUGGUGCCGAAGGUUGUCGCGGCAGGCAGGGCCAGGGUCAUGCACUGCUCUGGGCUGAUACCAGGUGGUUUUGCUCUUGCCACUGUCUACAUGCAUCACAGUGAAGAGUUAGGCCCUCGAAUUUGGAAGAUCUUAGAGGAUCUUGGUUGUGUCCUCAAGCAGAUCGCGAUGCCCUUCGUCUUGUGCGGUGACUUUCAGCUGCUGCCUGACACGCUGGUGGGUUCUGAAUGGACAGAGGGCAUGGACGCCGUAUGCGUUGCACCGAGCUGCGCCACUUGCACGAACAGUUCGGCUAGCGCUGGUCGUUGUAUUGACUACUUCGUGAUGUCACGGUCCCUUCAUCAUGGGGCCAAGGCCGAGGUGCUGUUUGACGUGGGCACGUCGCCGCACUUCCCUGUGGUGCUUACUCUGCGGCCGCGCACCGUGGCCGAGAUGGCGCACCUGGUGGCCAGGGUGCCUAAGCGGCUGCCGCAGGAUGUACCCAUGGGCUGCCGCGCGCUGGACCCAAGCGAUCUUUGGCAGCAGUGCUGUCUGCGACGCAAUGGGCUACCUCUCGAUGCCGCCUGGCGGCUAUGGCUGGACUUCGCGGAGCGCGACUGGGCAGACGUCUACGGCCUCGACCUCGAGACUGACAGCGAGUACUUCGGCAG